CCCCUCGACUGGAGGAGAGAUGCCGAGAUGGCAAACGGAGAUUUUCCGAAUUUCAUUACUGUUUGAGCAAGAAAGGGGAAAGAGCAGAGAAGAGCGAACAGCUCGAGUGACUGAGUCAGCUUUGGCCGUUGCCGAGGGCCAGCUAGCCAGCCGUCUACUACCUCCGCUCUGUCUCCUGGUCGGUCCACCGUGUCUGCUAGCCAUCGCGACUGAGAAUAAAAGCAGCCGCCAAAGGAGGCAUUUCGGAACUGGUUGAGUGGUUUAGCAGUCUUGUUACUGGGUGAAAGGAGGGAGAUAGAGGCUGAUAAGUUCGAGUUGAAAUUAUUGAAAGGCUCCUUGAAAACCUAAUUCCAGACUGCUGAGUCUUGGCACGUCGAGCUGAUGGUGUCUCUGGUUCAAACAUCCAGUUUUCCACUCAUUCCUCGGUUUCGCUCUUCACAUCCCGUCCUUGAGGAAGCUCGGGUUCCAUGUCGUUCAGGGGUGAGAUGUCAUGUGGUGGAGCCACUGAAGUUUGAGAAUGGGAAACCCUGCAUCCCAGUCCUUCCUGCUGGCGAACGUUCUCUGCCUAGCUUCUUAACCACACCUCAACUAGGCAACAUUGUCUCUAGUAAGAAUGACACUAGGCUGCGGAUAUUCUCUGGCACAGCUAAUCCUUCUCUCUCACAGGAAAUCGCAUGCUACAUGGGUUUAGAACUUGGGAAAAUUAACAUAAAGCGUUUUGCUGAUGGUGAAAUCUAUGUCCAACUGCAAGAGAGUGUACGAGGUUGUGAUGUAUAUCUUGUGCAGCCCACUUGUCCUCCUGCAAAUGAGAAUCUUAUGGAGUUAUUGAUAAUGAUUGAUGCUUGUCGGAGGGCAUCAGCCAAAAAUAUAACCGCUGUGAUUCCAUAUUUUGGGUAUGCUAGAGCUGAUAGAAAGACUCAAGGGCGUGAAUCCAUUGCUGCUAAACUUGUGGCAAAUUUGAUUACAGAAGCUGGUGCAAACCGUGUUCUUGCUUGUGAUCUUCAUUCUGGGCAGUCAAUGGGUUAUUUUGACAUCCCCGUGGACCAUGUAUAUGGUCAGCCAGUGGUACUAGAUUACCUUGCUAGCAAGAGAAUUUGUUCUGAUGACUUGGUGGUGGUAUCUCCUGACGUUGGUGGUGUAGCAAGGGCUCGUGCUUUUGCCAAGAAAUUAUCAGAUGCACCUCUAGCCAUUGUAGAUAAAAGGCGGCAUGGGCACAAUGUUGCGGAGGUGAUGAACUUGAUAGGUGAUGUUAAGGGAAAAGUUGCAGUGAUGGUGGAUGACAUGAUUGAUACCGCUGGUGAGUUUGAGAAAUCAAGCAAACCCACUCUCGAAUUACUACCUAUUAUAUUUAUUUUCUAUCAUAAGUCGAAUGUUGGUGGAUAAAUCUUAAAUGUAUGCUCUUCUCUUGUGUUUGUAUACAAGUCCAUAUCGUUCUGCCUAACUACUGAUUUACUUCUGUUUUAAGAUUUAAGAGUCUACAACGCAUGAAUGCUUCUUAUUGCAGGGACGAUAAGUAAAGGUGCAGCCCUAUUACACCAAGAGGGAGCAAGGGAGGUAUAUGCCUGCACUACACAUGCUGUUUUCAGUCCACCUGCAAUAGAGAGGUUGUCUAGUGGUCUUUUCCAAGAGGUGAUCAUAACAAACACAAUCCCAGUGCUGGAGAAGAACUAUUUCCCCCAGCUCACUAUUUUGUCCGUGGCAAACCUCCUGGGAGAGACCAUCUGGCGGGUUCACGAUGAUUGCUCGGGUGGUUUUGAACCCUAUUCGAGCCUGGGCAUCGACUGACUGAUCAAUCAAUGAACUGUCUGUUGGCAUAUAUUGGAAAGUCCAACAAUAUGGUAAGGGGCAAAAUUGCUUUGCCCAUACUGUGGUCCACAAGAGUAGAGACUAGAGACUAGAGAGGAUGGAAGCAGCUUCAUUAUGCAGAGAACUGAGUGCAAUGGUUAUAUGUGAUGCUUUGUGUUGUCCCUUAGGCUGCUCAGAAAGGCAACAGAGACGAAGCGUUCGUCUCUUGGAAUCAUGAAAGCUACAAUGAGGUGUUGUACUUGUUUGUACUAUCAUCACCAUGAAUAAGAAAGUAUAUAAACAAUGUGUACGGCAUGUCGACCCGUCAUCUUGAGAAACUUGGAAAUCCUCUCCAUCUUUGAUAAUAGAAAAUGUAGUAGUGAUUUGAGUGAACCAAUAAGCUGCUGCUGUGGAAAUGCUGAUGCACGCACACACGCACUUUGCUGUUUGAGGAUUUUUCUAUUUACCCUUUUCUCUGGACUGUGGAGUAUGGAUAAUCUGACUUACCGGAGCUGGUAAAGUUCAAAUGACAUAGGACAAAAACUCGACACGAUUAUAAGAUUGACUCAAA